AUGAUAGAAAGUGACAUCCCAUCCAUGAUGUCAGGAAUUAUUCGAAACUCAGGGCAAAACCACCACCCCUCUCCACAGGAAUACAGGCUCCUAGCUGCCAGUGUAGAUGACGACAUCCCCGGGGACCUGCAGUCGCUGUCGUGGCUCACAGCUGUGGAUGUGCCUCGGCUGCAGCAGAUGGCGAGUGGCCGCGUGGACCUAGGCGGCCCCUGUGCACCCCAUCCACACCCAGAUGCCUUGGCUGGAGUGGCCAACCUGCACAUGGGAGCCUCCCCAGGGCCCCUCCUCCAUGGCCCGGUGGGCAUGGCCGCUCAAGGCAUGCUGGGCCUGGACCCCAUCACCAGCCAUGGAGCCAGUAUGAGCCAGUUCCCCGUGGGGGGUCGGCACUCGUCCAGCCUGCAGGACCCACCACAGCUGUACCCGCCUACCACCCAACCACAGUUCCCGCUACCCCCAGGCACCCAGCAGUGCCCUCCUGUGGGCCUCUAUGGCUCCCCGUUCGGGGCACGGCCUCCCUACCCCCAGCCCCAUAUGGCUGUGCACUCAUCUCAGGAACUGCACCCCAAACACUACCCCAAGCCUAUCUACUCAUACAGCUGUCUGAUUGCCAUGGCACUGAAGAACAGCAAGACAGGCAGCCUGCCUGUGAGCGAGAUCUAUAGCUUCAUGAAGGAGCACUUCCCCUACUUCAAGACGGCGCCUGACGGCUGGAAGAACUCGGUGCGGCACAACCUGUCGCUGAACAAGUGCUUCGAGAAGGUGGAGAACAAGCUGAGCGGCUCCUCGCGUAAGGGCUGCCUGUGGGCCCUGAACCUGGCGCGCAUCGACAAGAUGGAGGAGGAGAUGCACAAGUGGAAGAGGAAGGACCUGGCUGCCAUCCACCGGAGCAUGGCCAACCCGGAGGAGCUGGACAAGCUGAUCUCUGAUCGGCCAGAGAGCUGCCGGCGCCCUGGCAAACCAGGGGAGCCCGAGGACCGCAUGCUGACUCACACUGCCACUGUGGCCAUGGCACACAGUUGCCUGGCGGUGCCCCAGCUCCUGGCCCAGCCACUGACGACCCUAUCUCUCCAGUCAGUGCCCUUGCACCACCAGGUCCAGCCCCAGGCACAGCUCGCUCCAGACUCCCCAGCGCCAGCCCAGACCCCGCCGCCACUGCACGCUCUGCCAGACCUGAGCCCCAGCCCCCUGGCCCACCCUGCCGUGGGGAGGGCUCCUGUGGACUUCAUCAACAUCAGCACCGACAUGAGCACCGAAGUGGACGCGCUGGAUCCCAGCAUCAUGGACUUUGCACUGCAGGGGAACCUGUGGGAGGACAUGAAGGACGAGGGCUUCAGCCUGGACUCGCUGGGGGCUUUCGGAGACUCCUCCCUUGGCUGUGACCUGGGGGCCUCCGGCCUGACUCCCGCCUCUGGUGCCAGUGACCCGACCUUCCCAGACCUGCAGGUGACGGGCCUCUACGCAGCGUACUCUGCCCCAGACAGCAUGGCCGCGCCGGGCACCGCCUCCUCCUCUCAGUACCUGGGCGCACCAGGGAACAAGCCCAUAGCUCUGCUCUGA